CCGGGCGGAGCCGCCGCCGCCCGCGGGCUGCUCCGGCUCUGUGCGCUCCAUCCUCCGCCCGCGGGCUGCUCCGGCUCUGUGCGCUCCAUCCUCCGCUCGCGGGGUGCUCCGGCUCUGUGCGCUCCAUCCUCCGCCCGCGGGCUGCUCCCGGCUCUGUGCGCUCCAUCCUCCGCCCGCGGGCUGCUCCGGCUCUGUGCGCUCCAUCCUCCGCCCGCGCGCCGGAGGAGCAGUGGUCCGGCCAUGGCGGGGCGCGGGCGGCGGCGCUGAGGGCUGAGGGGGGUGUGUCGGUCCCCGAGCGGGCGCCAUGCGGUCCCUGAACAUCACCCCGGAGCAGUUCGCGCAGCUCCUGCGGGACAACAACGUGACGCGGGAGCAGUUCAUUGCUCUCUACGGGCUGCAGCCGCUGGUGUACAUCCCGGAGCUGCCGGGGCGCACCAAGGUGGCCUUCGUCCUCAUCUGCGUUCUCAUCUUCGCCCUGGCGCUCUUCGGCAACUGCCUGGUGCUCUACGUGGUGACCCGCAGCAAAGCCAUGAGGACCGUCACCAACAUCUUCAUCUGCUCCCUGGCGCUCAGCGACCUCUUCAUCGCCUUCUUCUGCGUGCCCUUCACCAUGCUGCAGAACAUCUCCUCCAACUGGCUCGGCGGUGCCUUUGCUUGCAAGAUGGUGCCAUUUGUUCAGUCCACUGCUAUUGUCACUGAGAUUCUUACCAUGACCUGCAUUGCUGUGGAAAGACACCAGGGAAUUGUGCAUCCACUAAAAAUGAAGUGGCAGUACACCAAUAAAAGAGCUUUCACAAUGCUUGGCAUAGUCUGGUUGCUGGCUCUUAUUGUUGGGUCACCCAUGUGGUACGUGCAACGGCUUGAGGUUAAAUAUGACUUUCUGUAUGAAAAAGUGCAUGUUUGUUGCUUGGAAGAAUGGGCCAGUCCCAUUUAUCAGAAGAUCUAUACGACCUUUAUUCUUGUUAUACUCUUCCUUCUUCCACUGAUGCUGAUGCUUUUUUUGUACACUAAAAUUGGCUAUGAACUCUGGAUUAAGAAAAGAGUGGGAGAUGCUUCAGUUCUUCAAACCAUUCAUGGGAGCGAAAUGUCUAAAAUAUCAAGGAAGAAGAAGCGAGCAAUUGUUAUGAUGGUGACAGUGGUGUUUCUCUUUGCAGUCUGUUGGGCCCCUUUCCACGUGAUUCACAUGAUGAUGGAAUACAGUAAUUUUGAGAAGGAGUAUGAUGAUGUGACAAUCAAAAUGAUCUUUGCAAUUGUCCAGAUCAUAGGGUUCUUCAAUUCUAUUUGCAACCCUAUUGUGUAUGCUUUCAUGAAUGAGAACUUCAAGAAAAAUUUUCUGUCUGCCCUCUGCUUCUGCAUUGUGAAAGACAGCACAUCCCCAGGCAGACAGCUUGGGAACUCAGGAAUUACCAUGAGGAGGAAAAAGCCAAAUGCAUCUCAGAGAGAUGCCAUGGAUUCAGAUGAAGGCAGGAGGGAGGCGUUCAGCGAUGGCAACAUCGAGGUCAAGUUCUGUGAUCAGCCAGCUUCCAAAAGGAAUUUGAGAAGGCACCUGGUCCUGUUCAGCUCUGAGCUGACUGUGCACUCUGCAGUAGGAAAUGGACAGUAGCAUCACAAGGGGUUUGGGAAUGGAGAAAUCAUUCUCUUUGUGAUCAUUUCAAUAAGCCAUUUAAAAGAGUUUGCUACUUUGCAUGCUGAAAUGAGGGGGGAAAUGAUGUGUGGACUCUAAUCAUGUUGGGCUAGUGGCUGAGAAAAUGUAAUACUUAUUUAUGAAGACAAGGAGUAAAACUUUGGAAAACAGCAUUACUGUAUGAUUUCCAGAAGAAAAAAAAAUAUUUUUGUCCUGAGCUAAUUUAGGGCUUGUUUGCCCUCUGCUUUAGGUAAACAAAACAACUGCUGCUCGCUCCGUUUAUUCUGUGUCUGGACUGUACAAGCUGAAUGCCAGAAGACAGGAAGUAUGGAGAGAAUGUGCACCUUUUUGGGAAAACUUGCAAGUCUGCUCUCUGCAGCUUUGAGGACAGAGCAGCCUCAGCUCUGAGUUCAGGAAAGAACUGCUUUAGAAAAAUGAAAGGGAUUGUGGAAGAGUUAUCCAGAACGUGACUCUGAAGAGAUUUAGGAUUUUAACAUCGCAUGCACGUUCAGAUUUUGUUACCAUAUUAAUAAUUAACAAUGCAUGCAUAAUUACUGUGCUGUUUUUACAGUUAAAUUCUUGGGUACAAAUUUAAAUGCCAUUGUAUUGCCCUGCAAACUGCAUUAUUCUGCUGGAAAAUGGAGGAGCUGCAAAAAUGCUGUACAAGAGAGUGUAGAUGCAGGAGGUGUUGUCUGUAAACACUGAAUUGAACUUGCAGUCAUGCUUGGACACAUGACUCUUGGGUUGAAAGGGUGGUAUUGCCAUUUUCUGGAGGGUUAUAAGGGCCUCAUCCAGUCUGAUGGGACUUCACAGAAGACUUUGAAUGGAAUAUCAUGGUCUUUUGACCAGACAUGCUUGUGUUUUUGUCUGUCCAUCAUCUUCAAAGGGGAUUAAUUGCCAUCUGAGAACUGGGCCAGUGCUUGGUUAUUUUAGGUUUCCCAGUAAAUUGUGGGGUUGAUAUCCAUAUAAAUUCUAAAUGUUUUUGCUCUCAGUGGGCCAAACUGCAAAAUUGCAAAGGUGUGUUUACAAGUGUUGGACUGGGGGGGAUGUGUGAUCUAGACUGGCACACUGGGAUCUGAUCCCAUAAAUGAGGCCAUGAAAUGCAGAAUUUGCCACUCCAGGUGAGGCUGGGUGGGAUCCUUUAACAGCCUGUAAAAUGUCAGUGCUCACUUGUCACCCCUUGCCUCACCUAUGGGACCUUGGUGCUGCCAGUCAGUUUUAAGAUUCUUUCACAUUGCUGCUUUACACUUUAUUAUAAAUGAAUACUUAGGAUAAAAUAUCCUUGUAUAAUUUGGAAGUACUACAGAUUGCAAUGGGUUUGUGACACCCUUUAUUAACAUAUAUAUUUUUAUAUUCCAUAUGAUACACUCCUGUGCAAUGACAGAAUGUUCCUGACUUGUCCUGAGGGGCAGGAAUUAAGAGCUUAAUGGAUUAUUAUCAUAAUAGUUUUCCUCAGCAGAUGUAAAGUUUAACUGCCUGAUGGUGAGAACUAUGUGUUUGGACAGAAUCUGUGACUGAAAACUAAUUUAUUGUAAGCUAUUUAUUUAUUUGUGCUGCUGAUUUCAGUGACAGAUUUUAACAAGCAUUUAACCAAAACUUCCAAGUAUCUUAUGUUUUUGUUUUGUCUUACCUACUUCUUCUGAUGUCCCAUAAAAUGUUGUGUCAAUGAGUAA